AUGGAGUCAACCGGUGGACAGGAGAAUGGCUUGAAUGCCACAACGACGGCUGAAGGGGUACCGAGUGGGAAGCCUACCGUGUGCUUCCUCGGCCCCGUGGCGUCGUAUACUCAUCAGGCUACGCUAGACACGUUUCCGACGGAUCAGUUUGACUUGGUACCGGUUGAGACAAUCAAAGACAUCUUCGACACAACGCAAUCCGGCCGCGCCUCCUACGGCGUCGUCCCCUUCGAGAACUCCACCAACGGCUCCGUGGUGUUUACCCUCGACCACUUCGCCGACCGCGCCGGCGAGUACCCGGACCUGUCCGUGUGCGCCGAGAUCUACCUCGACGUGCACCACUGCUUGCUCGGACAUCCUCCUCCUCCUUCCCCUUCUUCUUCCCCAUCACAGUUCUCCCACAUCAAACGCAUCUACAGCCACCCCCAAGCCUUCGGCCAGUGCCGCCUCUUCCUGCAACAGCGCCUCCCCAAGAACAUCGAGACCGUCGACGUGAGCUCCACCUCCCGCGCCGCCGAGCUCGCCCUCGCCGACCCCUCGGGCGCCAGCGCCGCUGUCUCGAGCGCUGCCGCCGCGAAGCUGGUGGGGCUGCAGGUGCUCGCGAGGGAUAUCGAGGAUAGGAAGGAUAACACGACGAGGUUUUUCGUGCUGCGGCGCGGGUUUGGGGGCAGUGGGGAGGAUGGGGUUAUGGAGGAGCUGCUGGGGAGGAGGAGUAGCGAGCGUGAGCGUGAGCGCGCGGCGCCAGACAGCGAACACGUCGACACCAUAUACGCGACCGCCCGAUCCCUCGCCUCCUUCACCCUGCCCCUCACCUCCCGCCCGGGAGCCCUGGCCGACGUCCUCGAGUGCUUCCGCCGCGCCCGCCUGAACCUCACCAGCAUCAGCAGCCGCCCCAGCCUCGCCGCGCCGUUCCAGUAUGUCUUCUUCGUCGAGUUCGAGGGACACCUGCACCGCGACCCCGAGGGGCGGGUGGCGGACGCGCUGGAGAGCUUACCUGCUGGCUACUAA